GGUAAUAUCACGUGACAUAACGUCAUGGGGCAAGGCAACAUCACGUGACGUCACGUGAUCAACGUGCAUCCUGAAAAAAACUAAAAGCUUUUUCUUUUUUUUUUUUCAUUGCACGAACACGCAAGGCAGAAGCAGCGACCUCGAGUGGAAGACAAACAGCGAACAUCAUCACUCGAGUGGAAGACAAACAGCGAACAUCAUCACUCGAGUGGAAGACAAACAGCGAACAUAAUCACUCGAGUGGAAGACAAACAGCGAACAUAAUCACUCGAGUGGAAGACAAACAGCGAACAUAAUCACUCGAGUGGAAGACGCGUUUUGAUGAAAGUACAUUUAAAGCGCCGGAAGAGGAAUACCUGCUGACUUCCGGCACACAGGCGGGGACAUUGUGGCGUGUCAAAUGUUCUGUCCACCUUCUGGUGACCAUGAAGACAAGGCGGGAGGAGGAAGAGUACAUCAACAAUCACAUCUAGUCCGCCUGCUGGUGACCAUGAAGACAAGGCGGGAGGAGGAAGAGUACAUCAACAAUCACAUCUAGUCCACCUGCUGGUGACCAUGAAGACAAGGCGGGAGGAGGAAGAGUACAUCAACAAUCACAUCUAGUCCACCUGCUGGUGACCAUGAAGACAAGGCGGGAGGAGGAAGAGUACAUCAACAAUCACAUCUAGUCCACCUGCUGGUGACCAUGAAGACAAGGCGGGAGGAGGAAGAGUACAUCAACAAUCACAUCUAGUCCACCUUCUGGUGACCAUGAAGACAAGGCGGGAGGAGGAAGAGUACAUCAACAAUCACAUCUAGUCCACCUGCUGGUGACCAUGAAGACAAGGCGGGAGGAGGAAGAGUACAUCAACAAUCACAUCUAGUCCACCUGCUGGUGACCAUGAAGACAAGGCGGGAGGAGGAAGAGUACAUCAACAAUCACAUCUAGUCCACCUGCUGGUGACCAUGAAGACAAGGCGGGAGGAGGAAGAGUACAUCAACAAUCACAUCUAGUCCACCUGCUGGUGACCAUGAAGACAAGGCGGGAGGAGGAAGAGUACAUCAACAAUCACAUCUAGUCCACCUGCUGGUGACCAUGAAGACAAGGCGGGAGGAGGAAGAGUACAUCAACAAUCACAUCUAGUCCACCUGCUGGUGACCAUGAAGACAAGGCGGGAGGAGGAAGAGUACAUCAACAAUCACAUCUAGUCCACCUGCUGGUGACCAUGAAGACAAGGCGGGAGGAGGAAGAGGACGCCUUGUGCUGCUGCGAGUACAUCAACAGACGAGGCGAGCGCAGCCAUGUGGCCGCCUGCUGCUGCGACUGUGAGGACCUGGACGACAUGUGUGACCGCUUUUUGAAAAGGGAGCCUCAGAAUCCAGAAUCUCUGUCCCAGGUGGCCGCCGUCAUUUGCGACCGUCUCCGUCUUCCCUGGCUGUCGGGCGGCGCCCGAAAAGUGGACCUGUCCGUCAUCCCUCCCCUGCUCAUCCUGCCGGCACUGCUGCACUUGGCCGCCGUCAACGUCCUUCUGGGCGCGCUGGUUCUGUGGGUUGUGCCCGUCCUGGUGCUGUGGUACUACUACUUCACCCAGCGCAAGAAGGGACGGACGCUGUUCUUCCUCAGCCUGGCUCUUUUCUCCUUGGCCUACAUGUACUACAUGUUCAUCACUGAGGUGCUGCCCCGCGGGGAUGUGGGCCCCUCCCAGGUUGCCCUGGUAACAGGGGGUGUCACGCUCACCCUGCUUGGCCUGGUCCGCACCAAGAGAGACCCGGGCGUCGUGCUCCCACAGCCUCCUCUCAGUGGCGGGAGGCCGGACGUCAAAGUAGGCGACCGGCUGGGACGCUCGCUGGAGGCGGCGCUUAGCCGGUGUCCGCUAUGUGGGGUGGCGCGGCCCCUGAGGGCGGGACAUUGUCGCAUCUGUGGCGUGUGCGUGCUGCGUCACGACCACCACUGUGUCUGGAUCAAUCACUGCGUGGGCCAGGACAACCACGCCAGCUUCCUGCUGACCCUGCUCAUCUUCCUGUUGACCUCGCUGUACGGCAUCAGCCUGGUGCUGCGGAGCGUGUGUCCCGCUCAGAACCUCCUCCUCGCCCUGCUGUACUGCCCUGGCGUCUACCAGCAAUACAGCGCCGCCUUGUGCUUCACGUGCGCCUGGUACUGCAGCGUGGUGACCGGCGGCCUGCUGCACCUGCUCCUGAUGCAGCUGCUCAACAUCAGCUACAACGUGACCCAGCGUGAGGCGAGGGCCGCCCUCAGGAACGGGUCCGGCCGCAGGGCCUUGUGGGGCCUCGUCGUGGACACCGGCGUCUACUCGCGUGGUUUCCCAGGCAACUGGGUGGAAUUCGUCAGCAUGGCGAGCCCAAGGACUCCCCGCUCCUCCGGCCGGACCGACGUGGUUUCCAUCCAGGAAGUCUGCACGCCAUCCAGUGACGCCUGAAUGACAUUUGGCACAAAAUGACGCCGCCUCGCACCUGCUGCACGUCUGCACACCAUCCCAUUCAGUAUAUGAGCAUUAUAUUCAACAUAAUAAUGCUUGCAAGCUGAAAAAUGCGGCAGCCAUUUUGAUUUUAAAAACCAAUAGAUUUGUUCAACCUUUCAAGCUACCCUCAAGUUUGGUCCCUGCAACCCAAAGGUUCAAAAUAAGUCAUAUAUUAUCAUUUUGUAUUCAACAAUUACAUCUCUAGAUUACCAUAGUUAUUUUUUUAGGGUUAGGUGUUUUACUUGACAUGUAUCAUUGAUAACAUGACAUGGAUCAAAUCUUCAACGUUGUAUAGAUGAUCAUUUCUCUAUUAUUGAAAGUGUAUUAUUAAAUGAUGUGUGGUGACUUUUACAUCAGGCGAGGUACAGAUACCUUUUGUUAUUGGAAAGAGAAAGAGAGAGGUGAGGUGGUUAGAGAGUAAAAGACAUGAAAUAUACUCAAAUCACGUAUUAGUGUGGAAGAAGAGCCGCACAGUAGAGCGUGCUUCUCAUGCGUAGGAUCCAUCCCUGCGCACCCCACCUCCUUCAAAAAGAUUCUUGCAAAACAUCAGAUCUCAACACUAAGUGGAAAAAGGUAAGUUGGAACCCACUCGGUAGGACUACUUGGAAUGGGUUAGGGUUAGGGU